AUGAUCUUUUGUUUGACAAAUCCAGUUCCAAGGGGCCUAGCAAAUGAGGCUCAAAAGGCUGCAAAAAUUCUUGAGGGUUUUAUAGAUCCAAGGCAAGCGUAUGGUCCUGAUCAGGUUAUUCCUCCUUCAGUGCUAAGAAAUGCCAAAGGUCUGGUUAUAAUUUCAAUCCUUAAGGCAGGAUUUUUAUUCUCCGGUAGGGCUGGUUCGGGUAUUAUUGUGGCUCGUCUGAGGGAUGGUACUUGGUCUGCACCAUCAGCCAUCGCAAUGGGAGGUGCUGGUGCUGGUGGAUUAAUAGGUAUGGAGCUAACAGAAUUUGUGUUUAUCCUGAAUACCGAUGAAGUUGUUGAUUCUUUUUCUGAGUUCGGUACAGUGACCCUUGGUGGUAAUGUAUCAGUAGCUGCAGGACCUGUUGGCAGAGAUGCGGAGGCUGAUGCAUCAGCUUCUGCUGCAGGUAUUGCGUCAGUCUUUACAUAUUCUAAAAGUAAAGGAUUGUUCGCUGGUGUUUCCGUGGAGGGUUCAGCCAUUGUGGAAAGAAGAGAUGAAAACAGAAAAGUUUAUGGUGAUAGAGGAACUACUAGAAGAAUCCUUAACGGUGAGGUGGAGCCAUUGCCCUCGAUGGAUAGGUUGUAUAGAAUUCUGGAGUCCCCUAAUUUUACCCCACAACCGGGCGAGGGUUAUAGGACCAGCAGUUAUUCUGAAGAGCAAGCCCGUCCUGACGAAAGGUAUGGCAGAGAAAGAUAUGAUAGAAGAUACGAUGAAGCAUUAUAUGAUGAAAAACCCAGGAGCAGAGCUAGAUGGGAUUCGGGCGACAUGCCGCAUAGCCGGGGAGGAGUUGAGAGACAGGAUCAUUUACAAAGAAAUGAUUAUGAUUCACACAAUAGAGGAGGAUAUCCUCCACCUCCUUGUGAAAGAAAUAAGGAUGUACAAGGUCAUGGUUCUGACGCUCAUGCGCUUAAUAGAAACAGACCAGUUCCGCCUCCUCCUCCAGCGGAGCGUAGUUUUCCUAAAGUGAGGGCAUUAUAUGACUUCAAUGGCCAACAACAGGGUGAUCUUUCAUUCAAAAAGGAUGACAUAAUUGUUGUACAAAAGAAGACAGACUCGCAUAAUGAUUGGUGGUACGGCGUAGCCCAUGGAGUUGAGGGCGUUUUUCCAGCGAAUUAUGUCGCAGACCUAUAA